CGGGUAAAAGAUGAGAAAUUUCUCACCAGCAUUGCACUUUUCACUGAAAAGUUUUUAGUGAUGUGAAAUUGUUACUUGCAUCUCAUUUUUAUCAUCCAUAAUUAUAUUAAUAAUUCUCAUCAAGUCUCGUAUUGGGAAUCAACUGACUAAUUUGAUUUAGGUCAAAAUGAACCGAACAAUCGCGUUAGUCCGACUUGCACAAAGAUGUCAUGGGCAAGUUGUUGGAAUAUCAUCAGCACCUGCACCAUCACUUCCAAGAUUUUUGAAGAGUUCAAUUGUCCCAUUUCUUCCACCGAUACGGUACAAAUCGUCGACACCAUUGAACACAGUCAUAUUAUUUGUUCCUCAACAAGAAGCUUGGGUUAUUGAGAGAAUGGGCAAAUUCCAUAGAAUACUGGAACCCGGACUGAAUUUUUUGAUUCCAAUUCUUGAUCGAAUUAAGUAUGUAAAUAGCCUGAAAGAAAUUGCAAUUGAUAUUCCAAAACAAUCUGCAAUUACUAAGGAUAAUGUCACCCUAACUCUCGACGGCGUCUUGUAUCUGAAAAUUAUUGAUCCCUAUAAAGCAAGCUAUGGUAUCACCGACCCUGAAUUCGCAAUUACACAAUUAGCUCAAACAACAAUGAGAUCGGAGUUGGGGAAGAUAGCACUAGAUACUAUAUUUCGGGAACGAGAAAGCUUAAAUAUUAGUAUUGUGGAGUCCAUUAACAAGGCUGCUGAGUCCUGGGGAAUUGCAUGUCUCCGUUAUGAGAUUCGUGACCUAAAGUUGCCUUCAAAAGUGCAAGAAGCUAUGCAAAUGCAAGUCGAAGCUGAACGUAAAAAACGGGCGCAAAUUUUGGAAUCUGAAGGAGCUCGAGAAUCAGCUAUAAAUAUUGCGGAAGGAAGGAAAAAAAGUCAGAUCUUAGCCUCAGAGGCUGAGAUGCAGGAAAAAAUCAACUAUGCCAAGGGUGAAGCUGAGGCACUGCUGACAAAGGCUGAAGCUCGUGCUAAGAGUAUUGAAAAAAUUGGAAGCGCAUUGGAAAAGUCAUCAGGACAUGAUGCAGGUUCCCUUAUUGUUGCAGAGCAGUACGUCGCCGCUUUCCAAAACCUAGCAAAGAAGACAAAUACACUGCUACUUCCCUCUGACGUGGCCAAUGUUCCUUCGAUGGUUUCACAAGCCAUGUCCAUUUACAAAACUCUCGCGAGUCCUACAAACACCAACUCUGCUGACUCGAGCAAGACUGACGAUAUGGAAGAGUAUUUCAGCGAUGAUGACGACUUGAAACGAAUACGGGACGGACACAGAGAUAACAUUUCUACGGAAGGUUCCUCAAAGAGGGAUUCUCAAUUUACGUAAUUAAAGUGCUUCUCAAGUAUUUGGGAUUUAAUCUUAACUAAUUAUUCUGUCAUUACCAAGUUAUUUUCACGUAUGAUAAAUAUAUAUCCAGUCUGAUGAAUGUAUA